GCACAGUCCUUCUACCUCUUCUUUCACCGCAAGACCCGCACCUUGAGCUGCGUGCACGGCGUACGCGACCAUGGAAACGUAUUACGAUCCGGAACUCGAUCUGCUCGGUGAUGACACACCCGAGGACGAAUCCACAGGCUCGAUGCAUGCCUUCAGAACGGCACCCGUCUUCACGGGAGACGCAUUUGCGUCCUUGGGGUCAUCCAUCCUUCCACAGCGUGCAUUAUACGGGCGUGUCAUUGCACAACGGGCGACGAAUUUCCCUUUGCGUCUGACAACUCCGAAACUGUACAUGAACACGAAUGCCCCGUUUAGUGCACUCGGCUCUGGUAAGAGUCAUUCAACCUCGGUCCUACUCGAGAGCUGCCUCAUGGCAGACUCGAGGCUCGGAACCCUACCUGCACCUCUCAGCGCGCUGGUAUUUCACUUUGACACCGCUGCAGGCGGCGGUGCUGUUCAGCCCUGCGAAGCAGCCUACCUUGCUACGCUCGAUAAUGAGCGUGGCGGUGACGUAACCCCUCCCACGGUGACUGUCCUCGUCUUGCCCGCCAAUAUUCAAGCUAUGAGACGAGUCUAUGCGGGAUUACCUUCUGUCCACGUCAAACCGCUGCACUUCUCUGCUGCAGACAUCAGUGGCGAGCGUCUUCUCGCUAUGAUGAAAGUUGAAGAGAAUACUCAAAUGCCUCUGUAUAUGGAAGCGAUCAUGUCAAUCCUGCGAUCAAUGGAAUCAAACUUCAACUACACCGCUUUCCGCGACGAACUCAAGCAGCAGAAAUUCAGCUCUGGGCAGAAAGCAAUGCUAAAUCUUCGGCUCUCGUUGCUAGACUCCUGUCUCGAGGGUGGAAAUGCUUACAAUCGUGUAUCUAGCCAUUUCCGUAAGGGUCAUUUGACGAUCAUCGACUUAUCUUCGCCCUUCAUGGACGGCUCGUCCGCGUGUGGGUUCUUCGACUUGAUUUUAGGUCUAUUCGUCGAAGCAGAUGUCGACGCGGCUGGAAAAUUGGUCGUCCUUGACGAAGCGCAUAAGUAUCUGUCAGACUCUCAAACAGGCACUUCAUCCCGUCUGACAGACUCUCUUCUGUCUGUCAUCCGCCAGCAGCGCCACUUGGCGACGCGGGUCGUCAUCUCGACGCAAGAACCCACGGUGGUGCCGAGCAAGUUCCUCGAUCUCUGCUCAUUCAUCAUCGCGCAUCGGUUCUCUUCCCCAAAGUGGCUGCGCCUACUCGCAAAUCACGUCUCCGCCGCUGAAGACGCGUUCGAUGAGCUCUUCGCGAAGAUCGUCUCGCUCCGCACAGGCCAGGCAAUCAUGUUUGCGCCGAACGGGCUCGGCGUGCGCGACGGCGGGGCCGCGGCGCACUCGGACGGCGACUCUGGCGCCUCUGACGACGCGGCCACCGUCGCGCCAAUCGGGCAGGGGUACUUCCAUGUCCAGUCUCGCCUGCGCGUGACGCGCGACGGUGGGCAUUCGAUCCUUGCGGUGAGCGACCCCGAGAGCACGACACGGCUCGGACGCGUGCCGGGCGGCGGGAAGGGCAAGGAGCGCGCAGAGCCGGUGUCCUUCCCCGACUGGGGCAGCGCCAACGCAAGUGCGAGCGUGCCGACGGACGGCGACCGUGCUGGAGAAGCACCGGCGCCAGCGGAGACCCCCGCUGAAGCUGCUGCUCCUCCAGGACUGCAUCGCUCAAUGGAGGCUACUACGCUCGCAAGUGAUAGCUCACCGAGCGAUGCAUUGGCAGAUCCAGUGACGUUGACACCCGAAUCUCCAGCUGUUCAACCACCAGAUGUCCCUCAACAAAGUGAGCAGACGGAGGCCCCAAUGCCGACAGUGUCUACGCCUGCCCCAUCAGUAUCGGACACGACUGCCUCGCCCUCAACGUCGCCGCCAGUGUUUAAGCUUGUAGGAGACCUCGCUCGGUUUACGCCGCUCAUCGACUACGUCCGUCAGCGGCUGUCAAACCCACAGUUCGUCCUCACCGUGAAGAACAUCCGGAGGGGUUUCAGCGACACCCAACCCCUCGUGUACGGCAACGACAUAGACCAAGUCGUUGAUGAAGCCGUACAGCGGGGCUUACUUCUCCGACAGGCACACAAUGCUCAGCCAGCAGUUGCACUCGUUCCGGGCGCAAUAUACAUUUCCGUAGCACCUGCCUCUCUGCCAGCUGCGCCAGAGGCCUCUACCUUUGCUACUGCUACGCCACCGGCGCAAUACGGAGCGACGAAGUAUGCUCUGACGGGACACAGCGCGCGAUUCGCUCCUCUUAUCCGGUACAUGACUCAACAGCGGGACUCAGGGUUCACAGAAAUCACGGUAGCCACGAUUCGGCGCCGGUUUGGGGAGAGCGUCGAGGAGAUCAUCUCAGAUGCGAAACAGCUAGGUAUGAUCAAGGACGCCGUGAACUCUUCCAAACCCAAAGUUAUGCUCGUCCCGAGAGUUACCUUUACGUUCUGA